AUGGUGCAGGAGUAUCAGUCUCCCGUUAGGGUGCACAAGUUCACCUUCGAGAUGGUGAUGGCCGCAUACGAGAGGCGGUUUCCAAGUUGUCCUCAGAUCCCAGUGGUGGUAGAGUGCGUCAUCACAGACGACAGCUGGUCAGCAGACGACUCUCAGCGACACACAACCAGGCGGUGUCAGCUAAAUGUUGAAGCUCCUUACCUCCUAAAAAAGAUGAUCGGUGUAGAUUAUAUCUACUUUAUCCAGAAGAACAGCCUGGACCUUAAGAAAAGGGUUUUGGAAAUUGAAGCUACAAACGAAACCUUCUCUGCCAGGGUCGGAGUUGUGGAGAAAUGCAAAUAUUAUGUCCACCCCGAUAACCCUGAGUGGACGUGCUUCGAGCAGAGUGCACUCCUCGACGUCAAGAACUUCUUCGGACUCGAGAGCACCGUCGAGAAGAUUGCCAUGAAGCAGUACGCUGCUAAUGUUGCUAAGGGCAAGGAGCUGAUCGACGUGUUCAUGAAGGAGGUGUACAAUGAUGGAGUGACUUCACUGAAUCCGUGGACGCAGGGUGCAGUCACCGAAAACCGGGAGCUCCGGCGAAUACUCUCCCGAGGAACCGAACCAUUGUCCCCUAUGCUGACCUCCGAGAACAGGACGCACUCCGAACCAGACCAAUACACCCUGGACAGCGACUACAUCAAGCGGUACCUGGGCGAGCUCAGCCCCAUGCAGGAGUCCCGUCUGCUGCAGCUCCGCAAGUGGAUCGCUGAUCUGCAGAAAGGCAAGGUGCCGAGCGACACCACAUUGCUGCGCUUCCUGCGCGCCCGUGACUUCAAUGUAGAGAAAGCAAGAGAGAUGCUCUCGCAGUCGCUGCUGUGGCGCAAGAAGCACCAGGUCGACCGCAUCCUCUCCGAGUACGAGACCCCUGACGUUGUGAAGCAGUACUUCCCUGGGGGCUGGCAUCAUCAUGACAAGGACGGACGUCCGCUGUACAUUCUGAGACUGGGUCAGAUGGACGUGAAGGGACUGCUCAAGUCCAUCGGAGAAGACGGCCUCUUGAAGCUGACACUUCACGUAUGCGAGGAAGGUCUGAAGCUUCUGGAAGAGGCGACGAACACGAGCGAGCACGCGGUGCAGUCGUGGUGCCUGCUGGUGGACCUGGACGGGCUCAACAUGCGCCACCUGUGGCGGCCCGGCGUGCGCGCCCUGCUGCGCAUCAUCCAGAUCGUGGAGGCCAACUACCCGGAGACCAUGGGCCGCGUGCUCAUCGUGCGCGCGCCCAGGGUCUUCCCGAUAUUGUGGACUAUUGUCAGCACGUUUAUUGACGAGAACACCCGCAGUAAGUUCUUGUUCUAUGGCGGCAAGGACUACCUCCAACCUGGCGGCCUGCUCGACUACAUACCCAAGGAGCUCAUCCCUGACUUCCUGGGGGGACCCUGCAAGAGCUUCGUGCACGAGGGAGGGCUGGUGCCGAAGAGUUUGUACGUGAGCGGCGCAUUCACGGAGCGGGAGGGAGACCCUCUCAGUGAGGACAGCAUCUACCGAUCUGUUAGCUUGGGAAAAGGACAGGUCCAUGAAGUAAUAGUACCAAACCGCGACCCUCAAAGCGUGCUGACGUGGGACUUCGACGUGUUGCGACAUGACAUCGCCUUCACCGUCUACCGCAGCGACCACGAGCUCUGCCACCCACCCGCUGAUACUACAGCGCUGUGUGUAGGUGGGGGGGACGAGGCCAAGUCGGUGCUCGACCAGAAGGGGUGGCGCGAGGGGGAACACUUCCACAGGGUGGAGCCUACACUCGUCUGUCAUGAUGGGGAGAGCAUACAGGGCUCGCACGUGAUGCUGGAGGUGGGCAGCUACGUGCUGCAGUGGCGCUGCGACGUGCUGGACUGCACGCACCGCGCCGCGCAGCUCAUGUACUUCCACGAGACGCUCACCUCGCACCACUACAAGGGUUCGAUGUCCAGCCUUCAAUCUGGUACGAGUGGGUUCUCGUGCCUCAGUGGCAAGUCAGUGAGCAGCAGCUGUCCGUCCCGGUGA